GACUUCACACACUCUCUCUCUCUGUUCUUCUGCAAUUAUUUAUUGCCACCUCCAAUUCUUAGUACUGCGAGGCUAAUUACUCAUUCCCCUUCUGCUCCAAUGCCAUGUUCUUGAAUUUCUUUGCGAAUUCUUUUGCUUAUUUAUUUGGGCAGCCAGAGCUGCAUUUGCUGGAGAUUUUAUAGGCGGCUUCCGCUUUACUCUCCUUGCUGCUUGUCCCUUUCCCUCUCUCAAGUGGGGUGGUAGCAUCUGACCCAAGCAAAGCGCCGGGUUCUUGCAGUUUCUUUUGGCUCCCCUUUGGGAGUAAAUCUGUGUGCAAGAUCUGGUGUUUCUGGUAUAGAAGGGGAGGCAGCCCGAGGGAGGAGAGGUUCUUGCGUUGGGUUCUUGAGCAAUGAGGCCCGACGUGAGGCUGGAUGCGGCGGUGUUCCAGCUCACCCCGACCCGGACCAGGUUCGAUUUGGUAGUUGUGGUGAAUGGCCGGAAGGAGAAGAUAGCAUCUGGCCUGCUAAAGCCGUUCUUGGCACACCUGAAGGCCGCCCAGGAUCAGAUUGCCAAGGGAGGAUACUCAAUUACGCUUGAACCGAGUUCAGGGGUUGUCGCGCCAUGGUUUACAAGAGGCACCGUGGAGAGAUUUGUGAGAUUCGUGAGUACUCCAGAGGUGCUUGAGCGAGUGACGACGAUAGAAUCCGAGAUUUUGCAGCUCGAGGACGCUAUCUCUAUUCAGAGCAAUGAUAGUCUUGGACUAAAAUCUGUAGAAGAUCAUGGAGGGAAAUUGACUGAAAGCAACGAAGGUACCCGAGCAAAUCACAACCCUGAUGCGGACAAGGCUAUUGUUAUAUACCAGCCUGGAUCACAGCCUACACCACCAGUUCAUGAUGAGACUACAGCACAUGAAGAGAAUUCAAAAGUCCAACUGCUCAGAGUGCUUGAAACCCGAAAAAAUGUCUUAAGGAAAGAGCAGGCUAUGGCUUUUGCCCGCGCUUUGGCAGCUGGGUUUGACAUUGACAAUCUGAGUUACUUGAUUGCAUUUGCCGAGCGCUUCGGUGCUUCACGUUUGAUGAGGGCAUGUUCGCAGUUCAUUGAACUGUGGAAGCGAAAGCAUGAAACUGGACAAUGGAUUGAAGUUGAACCAGAAGCGAUGUCUACACGCUCUGAAUUUCCUCCUUUUAAUCCAUCGGGUAUUGUUUUUGUCGGGGACAACAUGAAACAAAACACGGAAACAAUGUCUGUUUCCAAUGGAGAGGCAAAUGGCGACGAUGCUUCUAAAGCUGAGCAUAAGUCUGGUCAACACAUGGGGUAUCAGGCUGCAUAUCCUCCAUGGGCAAUGCAUCCUCCUCCUUAUAUGCAAGGCAUGCCGUACUAUCCUGGGGUGAAUCCAUACUACCCUCCAUAUCCUCCGGUGGACGACCCCAGAUAUCACUACACAGGAAGGAAAUCGAGGAAGCACUCUUCAGACAGUAAGGAGUCAGAAGUACUUGACGAUGGCAGUGACAGUAGCAGUUCUGAAAGAGGGAGUUCUCAUGGUCACAAGUCACACAAAAAGGGUAAGCGAUCAGGGAAAAAGAAACCAAGUGUAGUUGUCAUAAAAAAUGUAAAUGUAACAUCCAAAAAGCAUGGCUCGUCAGAAAGCGAGUCGCAGUCAAGUUCUGAUGCUGGGUCUGAAGAUAGUGAUGACUCACACUCUAAGACAAGACGAGGGAAGCAUAAGAGCUCAAGUUCAAAGAAAAAGGAUGGUGCAAAAACUACCUUCGACUCUGGAGAUGACUAUAACAAGGAUGAAUCAUCUUAUGGGCAAGAUGGUGACCAAGGAAACUGGAAUGCAUUCCAGAGUUUCUUGCUAAGAGCAGAAGAAAAAACUAGAUCUAAUGACGCAGAUCUGUUUUCUGGUGAAAAAGAGCCCCCAUCAAGAAAAAAGAAGAAUGUGAACACUUCUGAUCCUAUUCUUUUAGCUAGGGGAGAUUCUGAUGAUGUCUAUGAACAGAGGGGACCAGGCUUUGAUCCAGCCAAUGGGAGGAGUAGAGCUAUUCGGCUGCAAUCCAAUGAUGAACUUAUGAUGUCUGGGGAUGGGAGAAGAUACAUGGAUGGUGAAAUCAAGGAGAUAGAAGCUGGUGGUGGAAGAUACAGGAGAGGGACAAGUGAGGACUUUAUGGUAUAUGGCCAGGAAAGGUCAAUGGAUAGGAGGAGCUCGUUGGAUCCUCUUGCAGAGGCCCGGUACAGGAAUCCUAAUCAGGUGGACAAGAAUGGGCAUGUUGUAGCUGAUGAGUCCUUUAUGAUUCCUUUUAGAUCCGGUUCACAGGAUAAUCUUGGACCAGAAAGCCGAUCUGCGAUUGACAUUGAUGUUGAACUUCCUACAUACACUGAGAAAGCUUCAGAUGGAAAGGCUGGAGCUCAACUCUUCUAUGAGCCGGAUGAGUUGAUGCCAGAACGGGGAUCUGAAGAUGCUUCAUUUGGAUAUGAUCCCGCAAUGGAUUAUGAAAGUAACAUGUUGGUCAAAACCAUCAAGGUUGAAGAUGGUAAUAAAGAGGAUGUCUCACAAAGUAAUGAUGGUGACGUAAAGAAGCCAGAGAAGAAGCUAAGAAAUCCAAAGGAUGGCUUGGAUAAAAGAAAUAAGGAUGCCUUACUCAGGAGAUUGUCUGCUCCAAAGACCCCAUUAAAUGAUGCACAGAAACGUGCACAGAACAUGCGAGCAUAUAAAGCUGAUCUCCAGAAACUAAAGAAAGAGCAGGAGGAGGAACAGAUGAAGCGACUGGAGAGGCUUAAACUAGAGAGGCAAAAGAGAAUAGCUGCAAGAAGUAAUGGGAAGAGUGAUCCUCCAAAAGCAAGCAGGGAGCACGCCAAUGGACUAAGUAAAUCAGUGCCAUCACUUACUGGUCUCAAGAAAGAAAAGAGUGGCUCAACUGAAUCAUUCAGCGAGCGACUGAAGAGGUUGGCUGAACCCAAAGGCUUUGCAGGGGCUGACCAUCCUUCAAAUCCGACAGACCAUUCAAGGAGAAGAAGCAUCGUAUGAGUUCAUGUGAUGUCGACAGCCGAAAAAUUCUGAAUCUAUAUCAUGUAAUUUCACAGCCAAACAAACUGGACGAAAUAACAACCCAGAUCUCCAAAAAGCUGCUUGUACAGGGGAAAGUUUGGUGUUAAUUGAGUUGUGGUGCCUGCAUCCGAGAUUGCGGAUGAGAAAUGGAACUUAGAAUGGUCUGGCAUUUCAUUUUUCAGUUUCAUAUAUUGUAUUCAUUCUUUUGAUUGAAGGUGGCUUGUAAUAGCUGUAAACCUGUUUUUGUUGAUGACAUACUAUAUUGUGGAUGUAUUUAGUGGAGGAAUUGGUCUAUGUGAUUGACGUGAAUGGUGUGAUCUUUA